AUGGACUCGGAGGCCCCCGCUCUGCAGACCCUGCCCACCGAGAUCCUGCACGCCAUCCUGGACGCGCUCCGCCUCGCAGCCGAGGCGGACGCCGAGACGGUGGCCAGCACGGAGUACGCGGACUUCUCGCGACGCUGUGCGCUCGCGGUCGCCACGGCUUCGCGCGGGCUGAGGCGCGCGGCGGCCCCCUGGACGUUUGCCACGCUGCAUAAUGCGGGGAGCAGCCACGGUGGGUCGUCUGUGCCGCCCACAUCGUUGUGGCGCUUCGUCAGGACGUUCUACGUCCGCGACUACUCUCAUGCCCAGGCGCGCCCGAUCGCGGUCGACAACACGCUGCUUGUGGCGCUGGAGAACAUGCCGGUUUUGACCACGGUCACGCUCUAUCUGCGGCGCGCUGUGCCGCCCGACUUCUUUUAUGCCCUCGGCGCUCUCCCCGCCCUGUCCGCACUGCACAUCUACCAGGCGCAGAUCGACGAUGGGCGGCUGGACCCGUCUCUCAUGAGGUUCGAGGCUCUUCACUCAUUGACACUGCGGAUCCGAGUCGCCGGACUCACAACGGUCACCCGUGCCCCGGAUGUCGACACGAAUACAGAGGCGCACAAUGUCAGCCAGCUUCUGCUCAGCGUAAGCCCCAAUGUUCGCCGUCUCACCGUCUCUGGCGACCUGCUCCCGCGACAAGUGCUCAAAAUUCAAUGGCCCCGCCUGGCCACGCUCAGUGUGACGGAGCACCCGCCCCUCCAGCAUCUUCCGCUCAGCGCUCUUUUGCCGCGGAUGCCCGCCCUCAGCGACCUCUCGCUCCUCUUCACACCCGACGCAUACCAUUCCCUGCCCGCCGGCGUAUUGGACAGCCUCCGCUCCCUGGCCCUCUCCAACACCGCGCUCGACGACCCGCUGCUGCACAGCCUCCCGCGGCGCCUGACAUCGCUCAAGCUCCUCGCGCUCUGGGACGUCCGCGACCCCGAUGCCCCCCCGCUGCGCAUUGUCGCCGGCCCGCCGGCGGGUCUGGGGGCGAUGCGCGAGUUCUGUCCGCCGCAGGAACGGUGGGCGGUGCUGUUCGCCCAGCUCGGCACGCUGCCGGCGCUCGGCACGCUGUACGUCACGAUCGGCGAAUUCGCGCCGAUGGCCGGCUUCGUCGACGCGAUCGCGGCGCUUGCGCCGGCGCUGCACACGCUGGAGAUCCGCUUCCCCGCGCCGGAUAGCGGUGUCGACCGCCUGAUGAUGGUCGACCUCACGCAGGGCGAGACGCUGUUCGCCGCGCUGCGCGCGCUCCCCCUCCGGCACCUGUGCCUCUUCACGGACUACUACUACGCGGGGAUGCACCCCGGCCCGCCCGCGCACUCUGCUUACCGGCUGCUCGCCGCGCUGCCGUAUUUGGAAACAAUUACGUACAAGUUCGGCGGGUGGUACUCGCGGGAGAGCGACACGGUUGAGUUCGUGUGGGGGCGCGGGAUGCUGGCGCGCCAUGCGCAGCCGCCCCCACGGGUCAUACGCUAUGUCGACGAGCAUGCGUUCGCCUCCUCGCCGCCAUACGUGCCGUGA